AUGGCGGCGGGGCGGCCCCCGGCGAGGCGCGGCCAGGCAGCGGCGGAGGGGGAACGCCGGGGAGGGCUGAGCGGCCGCCCGAGCGGCCCCCGCGGCCCCGGUGUCCCCAAGCGGCCCCCGGCAGCCCCCGACGCCUCCUGGGUCUCCCGACGCCCCCUGGCCCCCCUGGGGCUCCCCGGGACCCCCAGCUCUCACCACGCAGCCUGCAGCCUCCGGUGCCGGAGGGAGCACGACGAGGGGCUGCUCUGCCUCGGGGCUGUGCAGCGUGUCUCGGACGCCGGGGACAGGAAGGGCCCCAAGGGAGCCCUGAGUCAUUACCUGACGGCCCCAUUCGACCCCCGCUUCCCCAAUGCCAACCAGACCCGCAACUGCUUCCAGAACUAUCUAGACUAUCACCGCUGCAUGAAGACACUGACGGCAAAGCACCGGGAUGUCACCCCGUGUCUCUGGUACUUCCGGGUCUUCAAGUCCAUCUGCCCCACUUUCUGGAUCCAGCGUUGGGACGAGCAGCGGGAAGAAGGGACCUUCCCCGGCAGGAUCUAGGCCUGGGCGCCAGCCGGACUGAGCGACCCCAGGCAUCCCUGCGGCAUCCCUGACUCCAACCUCCUUCCCCGCCACGGGAACAUCCGUGCUCGCCACUGCCUCACAAUAAACCGCCUGUGUCCCGUC